ACAAAUAAAUACUUUUAUAUUUAGUUUCACUGGUAAAAUAAACAUUGUUUAUUGUAUACUCACUGAGUUUUUAAGAAAUUAUAUCUCUUAGUUGUGAAUUAGAAGUCGGUUCAUCAUAGAAUAUUAUGGCUGAUAAAAAGAAAAAGAUUUUAUUUACAAAGGAAGCAGCAACAAGACGUCCAAUGAUAUUAAAAUCUGAUCGUGAAGUUGUGAAGGAACAAAAUAAAGAUAAACAGGAGAAGGAAAAGCAACCUACAAUAAUUUUAAAGACUCGUGAACAAAAUGCACCCAAGGAAGAACGUCCACAAAGUCCAAAAGCUCAGACAUCAGAAGGUGACGGAUAUCAUCCACAAAAGAUAGCUCAAAAUGAAAAUAAGGACAAAAAGAUUGUUGAAUCAAAACCUACACCUACCCUGAAAUUAAUGACAAAGCCAAUCAAGUUAUUAGAUGAAAAUUUGGAAUUUAGCCAAUCUGGAUUAAAGUAUCUACAGGAUAGUAACACUAAUUAUUUAGUUGUUGGCAUUAUGGGGACACAAGGUGUGGGUAAAUCAAUGAUAUUGAACCUUAUUGCACAAAAUACACCUUUACCAGAUCUUUGCACACAAAUUUUGAAUUCUCAUGAAAUACCCAACACAUCAGAAUCAAAUGAUGAGGCCAUUGAAAAUCAAAUGGAAAAUUUGAACAUUACAAAUGCAUCAAAUGAAACAAACAAUAGUUUUUUCAAAUUUAAAAUGCAAGAUAUGGAACAGAUAGAAAGAGGUGCUCACUGUACUAAAGGUGUGGACAUGUAUGUAACAAAUGAUCGUGUAAUUUUAUUGGACUGUCAACCAUUAUGGUCGCCAUCUCUUAUUGAUGAAUCUAACAACAUAGCAAUGAACCCGAGAUGUGCUAACAUUGUGACUGUUGAUUGCUUAGAAAUUGCCUCAUUUUUAAUGUCAAUAUGUCAUGUGUUGAUAGCUGUGCAAGACUGGUUCACAGAUUAUAACUUUCUAAGAUAUAUACAAACAGCUGAAAUGUUGAAACCAACAUUAUCAGCUUCAAGUUCAGUGAGUGUACCCACUGAGGGUUCAGAGUCAUCCGGUGAUGGAGAGUGGCAACCGCAUUUGUUGUUGUUACACAACAGAUGUCAGCUGGAAGACUUUACGCCUGAAGCUGUGAAGACUAUGCAAGAUCUUUAUAGGAAAGCAUUUCAAAAGUCCACAUUGCAGUUAAACUCCGGUAUGUAUAUGUACAGUGAUACAUACAGAAAUGGUCUCCACGUGGACCAAGUGUACAAAGGUUAUAAUAUAGACAAUUGUGGACAGCCAAUCAAUUUGUUCCUACUUCCGGAGAUUUAUAGUGAUUUUGAUAACAAAGAUAUAUACCGAGGUCACCCGACAUUUGAACAAUUAGCGAGGAGACUUCGUUGGCUUGUGUUGGGAGCGAACAGACAUCAGAUAACAAAUGUACCAAAUCUCUCAGAAAAAGGCUGGUUCCAGUUCUGCAAUAAAGCUUGGGAAACAAUUAGAAAAUGCACAUUCUUCAUUGAAUACGAAAGAUUGUUACCAUGAAAUAAUUGAGCGAAGUUUUCCUUGAUAAUGAUGAUUUCAUUACAUUGAUAAGAAGGCAGGUGUCGCUUGUAAAUAAUAUAAGUGUACAGUCAAAAGAAUGUAUUAAAGAUAACAUGUACUGCCUUUGAGGUAUUGGACCCAAUAAAAAUUAUUUAAA